AUGCAGCGCUUGUCUGUCGUCCUCCACACCGCCGUGGCGUGGCAGACGGUGAACGAGCUAGCGUGCGGGGAGAGCGGCAUUGUGCAUGCCACGACGUCGUCCUCCGAAUUUAACUCCACGCCCUACACACUGAUGCCGACCACAACGGUUGUGCGAGUGCUCGUCGCCGCGGCGGGCAAUUUCCUCGAGUGGUACGAUUUUGCAGUGUAUGGAAUAUUCGCGUCCGACAUUGGCAACGCGUUCUUCCCACCCGAGGACAGCCCGACGACCGCGCUCAUCAAGACCUAUUCAAUCUUCGCGGGCGCCUUCUUCAUCCGGCCGCUCGGCGGCAUCUUCUUCGGGCACAUUGGCGACACGCUCGGGCGCGAGGUCGCGCUGCUCUUCACCAUCAUGCUCAUGGCGACGCCGACGCUCGUCAUCGGCUUGCUGCCCACGUACACCGAGAUCGGCAUCGCGUCGCCGCUGCUCCUCGCGCUCAUGCGGAUGCUGCAGGGCCUCGCUGCGGGCGGCGAGCUGCCGGGCGCACUCGUCUACGCGGUCGAGUCGGCGGGCCCGCGCCAUCGCGCGAUGAUGGGCGCCCUUUGCCAAGCGACUGGCGUCGGCUCCCUGCUCGCGAGCCUCGUUGCGGCCAUCCUUCACUGGAUACUCGGCGACACGGCCGUGCGCGAAUGGGGCUGGCGCGUGCCGUUUGUCUUGGGCGCGGGGAUUGCGGUCGUGGCCUGCUUCCUCAGGCGGAACUUCAAGCCGACGGCGCCGUUCCUCGAAGCCAAGGCGGCCGCCGCGGCGAGCACGCCACGCCGCGUUGGCUGUUGCGCGUGGCUCGCGUCGCUGCCGCUCGCAAAGACGAUGCGCAGCUCCUGGCGCUCGGUGCUGCGCAUCGUCUGCGCAUCGCCGCUCGGCAUGGUCGGCUUCUACGGCUUCUUUGUCUUCAUUCCAUCAUGGCUGCGGCACACGCGCCUCUUCGACGCGGCCUUCGCUCUCAACGUGGCGGUGAUGCUGCUCUGGGCGUGUGUCGUCGUCGGAGGCGGCAUGCUCGCAGACAGGACGCCGCCAACACGCUGCUGCACGCGUUGCAGCGGGAGCGGCCGGCCGUGCUUGGCGCUCCACGGCAUCCCUCUCGUCUCCGUGCUUGGCGCUCUCGCGGUGGCCGUCAUCGCGCCCUUCCUCUUCAUUGCGCUCAAUGCCGAGUGCCAGAGCGUAGACAGCGCAGAGCUCCUCUGCGUUGGGUACUACCCGCCUGAAGUCUUCAUCCCGAUCCUCUGCCUCGGCGUCAUUGCCCACGGCUGCCACGUCGGCCCACUGCAAGCGUGGUUUGUGCUCUCGCUCAAGCAGACGGGAUCGCGCUACUCCUCUCUCGGCGUCGCGUACAACGUGGGCGCGGCCCUCCUCGGCGGCACGACGCCGCUGAUCAACACAGCGCUCACCGCGACGUCUGUCGGCGCCGCCGGCGCGGGGUACUACCUCGCCGCAGCUGCGCUCAUCUCCGCGCUCGCCCUCGUAAAACCAGGAGAGGGGGCUGGCGCCUUCCUGAAUGCGAUCCCCAUGCGGGAUGAUAUGAAGAUGGAGACGUGGGCGAUGCGCAUUACAGUUCAGCGCCGCCUCGGCCUCCCGCUCGAUGUUGCCUGCCAGGCGGUGGAGGCGGGCAAGAAGGCGCCAAACGGCAAGCCGCACGAAGAACUCGGCGAUGCCGCAAUGGUCAACCCGCGUGCGAAGCACGCGACACGACAGCGUGUCAACGGGACGCUCUGGAAAAAGAUGUAA